GACCUAAAUUCAUGAUUUGGACCUUGUGGAUAAAAAGAGUUAUCAAAUCUUGUAUUCAACAAUAAUCAAGAAAAUUUUCCUUACAUUCUUUUGCUGCCUGUACGAAUCCAAUGGAGCACACACUAAGAAACCCAUCACCAAAAAUGGCGGUUACAGCAGCUUCUUCCUUCAUCCCUCCUCUCAACCUCGUACCGACAAAACGCUUCCUCAACUACAACAACAAAAGCCCUAGAAUAAAGCUCAAACUCAGCAACAUACCCAACUCUCAUCAAAGGGUUUCUUUCCUGCCCUCUUCAGUUUCUUGGGCAAAACCCGGCCAGAGAUCAAGAAUCAUCAGCCGGGCCUAUGUUUCGGGCCCCGCUUUCGACGCAAUCGUGUCCGAAAACGACCCGAAGAUCGACGGCUCAGAUACCGUGGAGCUGCAGCCGAUUGAUUUGAUAAGCUGGGGGCUGCUGUGGAAGCUCGUUUCGCGGCAUAAAUGGAGAGUCUUGAUCUCGGUUCUCACUCUUUUCGCCUGCACAACUUGUACACUUGCUAUGCCUAUAUAUUCUGGGAGAUUUUUCGAAGUUCUAAUUGGGGUUAGACCGGAACCGAUUUGGCAACUGCUGAGUAAAGUGGGGGUGCUAUACGUAUUUGAGCCUAUUUUUACGAUUAUUUUCGUGAUCAAUAUGAAUGGCAUUUGGGAGAAGGUUAUGGCUAGCUUACGAGCUCAAAUAUUUCAAAGGGUCUUGAUUCAGAAGGUGGAGUUUUUUGACCGGUACAAGGUGGGCGAACUAACUGCUUUAUUGACAUCCGAUUUGGGUUCUCUGAAAAGCAUUGUCAGCGAUAAUAUAUCAAGAGACCGUGGUUUCAGGGCAAUUUCCGAGGUCAUCGGCACACUCUGCUUACUAUUUGCACUCUCGAUACAGCUGGCACCAAUUUUAGGCGGCCUAAUGCUUACAGUGUCUGUACUAGUUGCUGUAUAUAAACGAACAACCGUAAAUGUCUUUAAAGCUCAUGGAUCUGCUGCAGCCUCCAUAGCAGACUGUGUUACCGAAACUUUUGCUGCUAUACGCACUGUAAGAUCGUUCGGGGGAGAAAAGCGUCAAAUGUCACUCUUCGGUCGGCAGGUUCUUGAAUACGAGAGCAGUGGGAUAACACUAGGGGUAUUUAAGUCCAUCAACGAAUCCAUCACUAGGGUUGCUGUUUACAUCUCUCUAAUGGCUUUGUAUUGUCUCGGAGGGAGCAAAGUCAAAGCUGGCGAACUUGCAGUCGGAACCAUGGUUUCUUUUAUCGGUUACACUUUUACGCUAACGUUUGCCGUUCAAGGGGUGGUGAACACGUUGGGGGAUCUCCGUGGAGCAUUUGCUGCUACGGAAAGAAUAAACUCCGUUUUAUCCGGUGCUGAAAUUGACGAAGCACUAGCUUAUGCUUUACAAAAGGACUUGAAACGAAAGAAAUUGCCCGAUCCGAACAUCGAAGCUCUUCUGUUCAAUAGUUCCAAAGGAAAAUUGCGAACAAAUAGUGUCGGGUACAUGUCUUCCUUAAAAUCUGCUAGCGAUGUGUGUAGCCUCGCGCAGUGCGGUGAUAUUCGCCUCGAAGAUGUUCAUUUCUCGUAUCCGCUAAGGCCUGAUGUGGAAAUCUUGCAAGGUCUUGACCUAACUUUGAAAAGUGGAACUGUGACUGCGCUAGUUGGUUCGAGCGGUGCUGGCAAAAGUACAGUAGUGCAGCUUUUAGCUCGGUUUUACGAGCCAACUAAAGGCCGCAUAACUGUUUCUGGAGAGGAUCUGCGGUCGUUUGAUAAGAGUGAAUGGGCUCGUGUGGUUUCCAUAGUCAAUCAAGAACCUGUAUUGUUCUCUGUUUCUGUUGGAGAAAACAUAGCUUAUGGGCUUCCGGAUGAUGACGUGUCCAAGGAUGAUGUCAUCGCUGCUGCCAAAGCAGCAAAUGCUCAUGAUUUUAUAAUUUCACUGCCACAGGGUUACGACACAUUGGUCGGCGAGCGUGGGGGUUUGUUAAGUGGAGGACAAAGACAGAGAGUAGCCAUUGCAAGGGCAUUGCUAAAGAAUGCUCCGAUCUUGAUUCUUGACGAGGCGACCAGUGCUUUGGAUACAGUGAGUGAGCGUUUGGUACAGGAUGCUUUGAAUCGUUUAAUGAAGGGAAGAACAACUCUAGUGAUUGCACACAGACUCAGCACUGUUCAAAAUGCUGAUCAAAUUGCCUUAUGCUCCGAUGGCAAGGUUUCGGAACUAGGAACACACUCGCAGCUGUUGGAAAAGAAGGGCGAUUACGCUUCUCUCGUCGGCACUCAAAGACUCGCAUUUGAGUAAUAAAAAAAAUUAUGUCGCGAAUAUUUUGUACGAAUUCUUGAAACAUCAAAUACAUCAAUCGAUCAGUAUAUCGUUUAUUCAUUCGGACA